AUGGAGACGUCGUUCAUCCACCCUUCGCGGUCUUCGUCCGAGGCGUCCGAGCGCCAAACUCCGUCCCCACGACAAAAUUCCAGAAGCCGAAGACGCGGAGUCGACUCGUCCGAUAGUCGAUCGCCAUUGGAACUGCUCAAGGAAAUCGGCAUCGCGGGGGCGGAAGUCGUGAAGGUUCUCAAGGCUCGAGGCUGGGAGGUGUGCGAGCCCAAAGGGCUGGAAGAGCACAAACGCUACUAUCUACCGGGAGGGAAAGCUAAAGGCGAGGAGGCGAAACGUGGCGAAGACUUUGUCGUGGGCGAAGGCGAGCUGUACGCCUACGUGCUUGAAAAGGGUGCGUUGUUAGUGCUUCUUGCUUCAGUAAGGCGAUCUUGA